AUGGGAAACGGCUCAAGCAAAAACAACGACUCUUCAGUGGACUUCCUUGGUCCCGAGUCGCCGCUGGUGCAGGCGCAGACCCUGGAGUUCACCAGCAGCGGCAUUCGCAUCAACAACAAGCGAACCUCGGCGAUUCUCACUCGGCGCGAGCUGGAGAAGAUGCGCCACGCGAACGUCUCCAAUGACAUUCGCAUCAUCCUCAAUAAGCCCUUCUCUAAUGUGGACCGCAUCACCGACUCGCUCUACCUGACGGGCAUUGGCGGCGUCCUCCUGGAGAACAUAAAGGAGCUGAAGAUUCGCUGCAUCAUCAAUGCGACGCAUGAGAUGCCGCUGGCGAAGCUGCCCAAGGUGGCCUCCCUUAGAGUGCCCGUCGAUGAUGACCCCUCGGAGAACAUCUUCAUCUACCUGGAUGACGUGGCCACCGUCAUUCACAACGUCUCCAAGAAGGGAGGACGAACGAUGGUGCACUGCCUCGCUGGCGCCAGUCGGUCCUCCACUCUGGUCAUCGCCUACCUGAUCAAGUAUCAAGAGUACACGCUGAAGAAUGCAUUCUGCUACCUCAAGUCACUUCGUCCGUGCGCAAGACCAAACAUUGGCUUUUUCAAUUAUCUGAUAAAGUACGAGUCCUUCUACCACAAGAACAACUCCGUGGUGAUGCAGGAAGUGAAGAUUCAGGGGAAAACGGUCCGCGUUCCAGACUUUUACAAGGCCGAAUUUCCCGACCUAUACAGAGUGGAGGUCCAGAAGCAGCUCAAUCAGAGCCACAUGAGUCAGGUUCGCGUGCAGGAGAGCAACCAGGUGAAUUACAUCAAUCGAAAUCGAGGUGUCAAGGAGAUGCACAAUGACAUGGACAAACUUCGACAGGAGUGA